UGUCUAUUAGUUUGUCAAUAUUUUAUUUCGGGAUCGGAGUUUAUUUUCCUGAAACUGUGUGUUUAUUGCGAAUAAUUAAUUAAAUAUUACCCAAAAUGGUUUGAGGAACAACAUUUAGUCGCACUAAUGACUUUUUCCAAAGAGGGCAAGAUGUGGGUCCCAUUGAAAACUUGUAAAUUAGCAGUCGCUGUUUACAACUGGAAGGGUGAUGUUCAAUGUGGACUCCCACUAGAAAUUGGUGAUUCUGUCCAGAUAUUUGAAGAAAAUGGAGGCUGGUACCGUGGGUUUUGUAUAAAGAACCGGUCCUCAUGGGGUAUAUUCCCUACUGGGGUUGUGUCUAUACGACCAUGCUCUGUAAAGGGCACCGGAGUGAAUGCUAUUGUAGAGCCAAAAGAUGAUCCACUAGUGAAGGAGAUAGCUAAUGUGCUUAGAGAAUGGGCUCGGCUAUGGAAGAAACUCUAUGUGGAGCGCGAAACCUACCGCUUCAGCGCGGUGGCCAAGGUGAUGCGCGAGCUGCUGGCAGGGCGGCGUGCGCUGGUGGCGGGCACGCUGACCCAGGACCAGACCCGGGCGCUGCGCCUGCGCCUCGUGGCCAAGCUGGACUGGGGGAACCGGAAGCUGGGUCUGGAGCUGGUGCCGCGGCGGGGCGCGGAGGCGGUGGACCCCGAGGAGAUGAGCCUCGUGGACCUGUACCGGACCCACGUGGAGAGCGCCGAGAGAGCCGCUGCCUGGCGCGGCACCCUGCGGCGCGCCGGCGGCAGUGGCAGCAGCUUCAACUCGGGGACCCUCACCACCACGCCCAGCACUGGCGCCAGCUCCGCCCAGUCGCACCACCUCAUGUGCAGCAUGCGGGACUUCGGCCACACGGCUGGAGGCGACGAGGCCGAGCUGCUGCUGUGGCUGCAUGACGCGAGGAAGUCGCAGCCACUGUCGGAGAGGUUCAGAGUGAGAAUAGCCAAGGAUGGGUUCUCGAAUUACGUGGACCGGACGAAUAGCACGCUGUUUGCGGACCUAUCCUCGACGGACCUCUCCCGCGAGCUCUGGCUGGUCGCGUGGGUGGUUCGCGUGGGGCGGUGGGCGGGCGGCGGCGGCGGCGGCACCAGCGAGCGCCGGGGCCCGCUGGCGCGCCGGCCGCUGGGUGCCGCCGUGCUGUCGCUGCAGGACUUCUUCAGGAACCCCCUGAUGCAUCCCUCGGAGAAGGAGUAUACGUUUAAGGUUUACCAGUGUGAAGAGAAAGACUUCCACCAACUACACGACAUGCUAAUACGAAAACAAACGAAUAAAUGCAAUGUUUUACCGGGACAGCCUAAUUAUGGUAUCGUAGUAGCCCUCCGUCUACUAACCAGUACUGGCAGCAUCACAGAAGCCGUCACAUCUGGCGCCACCAUCACCCCUAAACGAGGGUUCCCUGACGUCAUCAUGCCCGGUGACGUCAGAAAUGACUUGUACCUUACUCUUGAGAAAGCAGAGUUUGAGCGAGGCGGUAAAAGCACAGCCAAGAAUGUUCUGGCUACGGUGACGGUGCAUGAUAAUACUGGGCAGGUUAUUGAGGAGUGCGUGUGGGGCGCGAGCGGCACCGGCUCAACCUCCUACGAGUCGGUGGUCCUGUACCACAACAACAGCCCGGCGUGGGGCGAGCAGCUGCGCCUCGCCGUGCCGCUGGAGACCUUCACCACUGCGCACGUGCGCAUCGAGUUCCGACACUGCUCCACCCGUGACAAGACGGAGCGGAAACUAUUCGGGUUUUCAUUCGCACGACUGAUGGAAGUGAGCGGAGCAACGCUCCGGGACGGCGCGCACGAACUAUACGUCUACAAGUGUGAUGAUCCUUCCAAAUUGACGUCAGCCAGCUACUUAUCUCUGCCGUCGUGCGCGGGCGACACGGCGCGGCCGCCGCCCGCCGCCGGCGCCGCGCCGUCCUUCCAGCGCAGCUCCAAGGAGAACUGCACUAUUAGCACUCUGCUGUGUUCUACUAAACUUACUCAGAAUGAGGAUCUCCUAGCGUUGCUGCAAUGGCGCGCGAGACCGGAGAAAGUUCAAGAGACCCUACUCCGAGUUCUUCGGUUGGGAGACGGAUUGAGUUGCGAGGAAUUGAUCAAGUUCCUCAGGGAUGUACUGGACGCGCUCUUUGCACUGUUCUCCACUGAAGAUGGGAAUAGCACUCCCCACUCGGGCACGGUGUUCCUGGUCUUGGUCUCCAUCUGCAGCCUUCUGGACGAGAGCCGCUUCCAGCACUUCCGCCCCGUGCUUGACGUCUAUAUUGAGGAACACUUCUCUGCUGCACUGGUUUACAAAGGUCUUCUCUCAUCGGUGCAGCACUGCGCCGAAUGGGCGGCCGGCGCGGAAGGCCAAGAGCCAAUCCGCAAGUGUCUUCGUUCACUCGGCGUCGUGUUCCGAUUGGCUGUUCGCUCGAGAUUGCUCUUCGCGAGGGCUACGGGUGGCCAAUACGAAGAGAGCUUUAAGAGGGAUGUGAGGGCGGCCUUGAAUGCCUUGGUGGCGUUGGCUCAGCAUCCGUAUAGAGAGCAUUUGGCGCCAGCUCAGGUGGCGCUGAUGACAUCCUGGGUGCACGUAGCUAAGGAAGUCUGCGUGGCUCUAGGGCCGGCCGAGGCGGCUCGCGUGUCCGCCUCGCUAUUGGACGCGUGUGCGUCGGCCCCGCCCGCCCUAGCCAGGGCGCGGUUGGCUACUGCUAGUGAAUUGUUGAGAGGGCCGCUUGGAGAACACCCCGAAGCGCGCAACACAAUCCUGCGCACCGCAUGCCACCACCUCCGCUCACACUUAGCCCGACGCGACGAGUUAGCCCAAUGUGCGGACAUGCUCGGCGAACUAGUCACGCUACUGUGGACGAAGGAAGAAGAGGGGGGAAGGGGAGAAGGGGGGCGGGGCGAGGGGGACGCGGAUGUGGACGCGCUGUGCACGACCACGCUGCCGGUGUUAGUGGACACUGUGUUGCAGCUGAUAGGCGGGAGGGAGCCGUGCAAGGGUCCAAUGGUGGCUGGUCUGCUGGGCCUGAUGGAGCUGCUGAAGCCGGCGCACUACCAGCGGCUGUGGGGGCACCUGGCGCCGCCGCCUGAAAGGAAGCCGCUGAAAGACUUCCUCAUGAGGGCCUUCCUAGUGUUCCGGCAUCUCAUUGAGCAGGACGUAUUUCCUUCCGAUUGGAUGGUGCUUCGCGUGGCGAGCUGCAAGGUGCUCCUGACCGCCAUGCAAGACCUCGCCAAGCCUUUACUGGAGAGAUUCCUAGGAGAUGAACCUCCGCAGUUUGAUACUCAGCUAUGGUCCGGCUACAUCGAGCUGGGCGUGUCUCUAGUGACGUGUUCUGCCCUACAACCGGAGCGCUGGGCGGGCGGCGGGCCGGACCGCCCUCGCAUGCGCGCCGCCGCCGCCCUGCAGCUGCUGGCUGUUUGGAGCCGCCUAGGCCCAGCCCAACUCCACCUGAUCCCCGGCGCAGUGGGGGCAUUACUCGAGAUAACCCUAGUUAGUUCACUCCGCCGCGCCGCCCUCGGAGCGCUAGUAUCGCUAAUGGCGGCCGAACGGGCGGCCAGUGGCUCCGCUAGAAGAACCGAAGCCGCUUUAGUGGACAAAUUGGACUCUCUGGUAGCUGACAAUAAGGCCGACGACCAUUAUCGGAGGCUGUUUGAUACUGUGGAGCACUUGAGUUCUGUGCUAAUGGAGCGAGUAUCAACGGAAGGCUGGCGCGAAGCCGGUGCCGCGUUUGUUGGCUGCGUCACUCGACUACUGGAGAGAUUGCUGGACUACCGAGCCGUGAUGCAGGGAGCAGAGCACAGGGAUAAGAGGAUGGCUGCUACGGUUAACUUGUUGAGUUUCUACAAGAACGAGAUAGAUCGCAAGGAGAUGUACCUGCGCUACGUGUACAAGCUUCACGAUCUCCACAUCGCGUCCGACAACUUUGUUGAAGCUGGCUGCACGCUGUUGCUAUACGCCGAGACGCUGAGCUGGGACAGUGACGCGGUGGGCGUGGACCCCGAGCACCCGGACACGCCGGAGUGGAGGCGCAAGGAGGCCAUCUACAACCAGGUGCUGCAGUACUUCGACCGGGGCAAGUGCUGGGAGAAAGGCCUACCACUACUUCGAGAACUCGCCACUCUCUACGAGGUCCGUCUCUGCGACUACGUGCGUCUCGCCCACUGCCUGAGAACUCACGCCACGUUCCUGGACUCGGCGCUGACGCCGGAGCUGAGGCCCGAGCCCGAGUACUUCCGCGUCGGGUUCUAUGGCAAGGCGUGCCCGCUGUUUGUGAGGAACAAGCAGUUUGUCUACCGAGGCUACGACUACGAGCGUAUAGGCGCGUUCACCCAGCGUCUGCAGACUCAGUACCCCUCCGCGCACAUACUGAUGCGGAAUACGCCCCCUGAUGAGACGGUUGUGCAGGCAGAUACGCAGUAUAUACAAAUAUGCAACGUAAAGCCAGUGCCAGCCCGCCGCAACUGGCCCGCCGCCGCGCCCGAACAAGUGAAGCGGUUCUACGCAUGCAACGAUGUGGAUACGUUCCUGUGUGACCGACCACUGCACAAGCCGCCUAUUGACAAGGAUAACGAGUUUAAGAGUCUGUGGAUCGAGCGGACCACGCUGGUGACUGAGAACACGUUACCGGGCAUCCUGAGGUGGUCUGAAGUGAUCUCGCGCAGUGUGGAGGAACUCACUCCGGUCGAGUUCGCAUGCGAAACAAUAGAAUCGACGGAGCGCGAGCUGCGCCACCUCAUAUCGCAGUACACGGCCGCGCCCGCGCGCAACAUCAACCCCUUCUCCAUGCGGCUGCAGGGCACCAUCGACGCCAACGUGCAGGGCGGCGUCACCAAGUACCAACAGGCAUUCCUCACCCCCGAGUUCACGCACUCAGCGAGCCCGUGCGAGGCGGCGGCGGCGGCGCGUCUGCGGCGCCUCGUGACGUCACAGCUGGCGGUCGUGGACGCGGGCCUGCAGCUGCACGGCCGCCUCGCGCCGGACGAGGUCAAGCCGCUGCACAGGCGCCUGGUGGAGAGGUUCAACCAGCUGCGUCAGAACCUGGGCCCCGGUCUGAACACGGCGCCGCCGCUCGGCCGCACCCGGCGGCAGCUGUCUGAGAGCAUCGUCAACACACCACUACCACCCGUACCAGGGAAUGAGAAACGUUCCCAGAGCAUUCAGCAAAGUGACAGCUACUAUGAUGAAGGACAUCUUUACAACAAGCCUAUAUACUCAAUAGACGACUCCAUCGACGCACAAAGCAGCCUCAUGUCGCACAGCUUACCGCUAAACAGCUGCACCAGAGACAGCUCGUGCGACGACGUGAGCUGCAUGAGCCAGUCCGCGCCGCCGCUGCCGUCGCGGCCCAGCCAGCCGCGCAGCCCCACCAAGCCGAAGCUUAACAACCGGGACUCCAUAGACAGCGAGGUGGAGACGCGCCGCCACAGCCGCGCCUCGUGGAGCGAGCCCGGGGAUGCACCGCCAUUACCACCUAGAGUUUCAGGCGACAAGCGCUCCUGGUCCGAAGCCCCGCCGGCCGUCCCGCGGCGCAGCCACAAGCAGUCGGCCUCGCCUCACUCGGAGCGGCUGCGGGAGAGCGAGGCCAGGGACUCCGGCGUGAGCGUCGACGCGCACGCCUACAGCAACGCCGACGACCAUCGACACCACGACAUGGACCUAACCGUGGACUCGCUUCGCUACGACGAGAUAAUCUCGAUGAUGUCGUCACCGCUGCGAGUGGACGAGGCGGAGACGCCGCCGCCCAUCCCGCCCAAGGGCCUCGGACACCUCAGCAGCUUCGACUCGGGCCAUCACGAGAACGGAGACACUAACUGCUAAGUCUUAGUCUUUGUAACCAAACAUUAGAUUUGAUUAGGGGAUUUGACUAUCGGUAUUGUGAAGAAAGAAAGAAACUUUUAUUUGACACACUGAAACAGAACAACAAAAUGCUGUCCAGAGUGUCAAAACGGCACCAACUCAGCAUGUGCUGUGCAUUGUGCACUUUGUGCAGCCAUGAAAGCGAGACCGGGUUGCAUGGUUUCCUGGUCGACGUAGGUAAACUCGUUGAAUGCACGUUCCACCAAUCACAUGGCCGUGUUUAUCGCAAAUCAAGAUAAAGUGAGUUUUUCUACUUCAAUAACGGUGCCAUGCAGCGGCGACAGCGCCCCAUUAUGCACAAAAAUGUACAAAAAAUAAAAACUCCCCGAAUGUUUUAGUACAUAUUUAUAUCAAAUUGAUUCAAAUGAUACACUUUAAAUGGCAGUUAAACAUAAACUGAAUCAUGAAGAAAUUGAGGUUCGGCAGCUGGUUUACAAUAUCCAACAUGCUUAUAGAAAAAAUAUCGUUGUAUGUGGCCAUUAAAUGCCAUGCGGUAGA